AUGAUGGCUUCACCUUCUUCUGCCAGCACACGGUUUGAAGAGAAUGAAUCAGAAUGGCCCUACCCUUCCCGUCCAACCAAGAGACACAAACGCGCUUCAGUUGCAGCGACAUCCGGACCCUCGCCUCGCGAACUUGGGUUCAUGAGAGAGUCGCAAAAUGAAGGAUCUGCUACUUUCCUCGGAAGCUCAAGUGGAAUUCAUUUUAUCCGCCAUGUUUACAAUGCUUUCGCACGCCGCUCGGCAGACUUGGAUCAAACACGAGCCCGCGACAGAACAUCAGUGCCAGGCGAAGACGACCGACUGAGGCGAAGUGCAGGAAGUGUUCACACUUCUGAUGAACUCUGGGGGAGAGAUGAAUUAAACUUUGAUCUGAGUGCCUCUUUUGCCUUCGACGAUCUUGUGAAGUGGACGCGCAGCUACUUUGAAAAUUGGCAUCCAAUCUUCCCGUGUCUUCACGCCCCCACAGUCUUGAAGACUAUGGAGAUUGUCAGCCAGAAAGGGGUGGAGUCAGUCAGCCGGCUAGAGUUGAUGAUUCUCCGCUCCAUUGUAUCAAUAUCUCUUGGCGAUAACCGACAAACAGCAUCCGAAUCAAAACCCAGUCCCGUUCCAUCGGUCUUGGUUUUUCGAAGCAUUCAGCAUGUCAUGCAGGAUGUGCAAAGUCUGCUUGAGGAACCUACCACCUUGGCACUGUUACAAGCGGCUUUUACUGCACAAGUUGCACUGACUUCCCUCCUGCGCUUGAAUGCUGCCUCGCGUGUAGGUGGAGUCAUAACCCGAACUGCGUUUCACCUCGGACUGCAUCGCUGCCCACGGCGCUUCUCGUGCUUUAGCAGUGAAGAAGUGGAUAUAAGAUGUCGAUUAUUUUGGUCAAUCUACUCACUGGAGAGAUAUCUUUCUCAAGCUCUCGGCAUUCCUCUUUCUAUCCGAGAUGAUGAUAUUGACGUGUGCUACCCUGGCUUCGAGCGGCAUUCUUCAGCUACCCCCAAAGCCUCCGAUGAUCGAAGAUUACGCUUGGUGUGUCAUCUAGCAAAAUUCGCGCGGAUUCGAGGUCUCAUUGUUGAACUUCGAAACAAAUCCAUACUCCACAGCCACGCCAGUCAGGUUGAGGCAGCUCAUGUCACGGGGGAACUAUCGCAAUGGUGGAAUGAGGUCUAUGACGACGUCAACCCCAUUGAUGAGCCUGCGGAAGUUGGCCUUGACCAAGAUCCAAUUCUACAACCAUACCACCGGCUACUCUUGAUGAUUCUCCGGCACGAAGCUAUCAUUUCACUCAACCGGCCUCUUCUAGCUGCCGAAAAGCCAAGCGCAGAUUAUAAAAAUGCCUUGCAAACUUGUAUCGGGUCCUCGCGGUCUAUACUCGCCGCAUUGAGAAAGCACAUGUCCUCUACAUCGGAAUCUCCAUUGUCUUGGCCAUGCUUCACAUGGUCAACUUGGAUGGCCUGUCUCAUUAUCAUGUAUGCUGCUUGGGAAGAAGAAUUCGCUGCGCCGACCGCUCUCAAAUAUGCAAGGAUGGGCAUCGCAAUCUUGGAAAAUCUGUCAUUACGCGGUAGCAGCUGGCCAGAGACUUGUAUUGAGGCAAUCAAAGGAAUGGAAUCCGCGUUCUUGACAGAAACAUCCAAUGGGCAGCAAUUCAAAAUUCCAGCAACAAUGAACAAUACCGAUAAACCCACACAACAGCACGCUCACAUGACGCCAUCUAUGGAUCGAAGGAGAUCUCAAUUCCCGUCAGUUCAAGAUGGAACCAAUGAAGUCGGUGAUCCAGGCCUUACACUAGUCAGACCCCAAUCCUCGGUGACGAGCAGAUCCCAAGAACGCCAGGCCUCCGCGGGGAUCCAUCCAUUCCAAUCGUCCGUACGAUCCACUGCCCAAGCAUCUCACCCUGCGGAGGCCUAUGAGUCGGCUGGUUUUUCGCCCGAUAAUAUAGGCAACUAUGAUGACAUGCUGGACCCUGCUUGCAACCCCAUCGCUGGACAGUCUUCAGCGGGGCUCAUCUUUGGCAACAUGGCAGACGGCAAUGCUGCCUUCAACCCGAAUUUUGCUGGUCAAGACUCUUUGCCUUUCUCGUCAUCUAUGCUAAUGAACGAUCUAUGGAGUGUAGCUGAUGGACCAUGGAUGAUUCACAAUAACUUCCUGUGA